UUUACACCAUAAUUUUUUUUUGAAUACAUUGGAAUUUGAGAAAUUUGUCCGUGACACUGUUGAUAAUUGUAACUCAUAUAAUGUGUUCAUACAAUUCAUGCGCAUCGUUCAACUGCGACGAAUUUCGCGCGUAGCAAAGAAAACUAUAUCUAGAGUCGAGGACGCGAACGAGGCUAGUGUAAUGCACGCAAAGCAUGCUCUUGCCAGUAGUGCCCGGUAAAAGCUCUAGGAAGCUUUUGUAUAUAUACAAAAAAUUAUAUACAAAACACGUUUCGUGUAUAUAUUUUUUUUUUAUAUUCAUUUCUAGUUUAAAUUAUAUUGUGAUAUUUUAAUCAUAUAAAAAAAAAUGCAUUUUGGUGAAAAAAAAAACUUCCCUUAUUUUCUAAUUGGCCAAUUAGUGUAAAGAAAGAAAAAAGAAAAAGAAAAAAAAUGUUUUCUUUAAUUUCGAUCUGGAGAAAGCGGCUGACUGAUAUACUGACCAUUAUCCCUGCGUGCGUCUGAUUAUAACCAACAAACGUCAAUUUAUACUACUGUUCGCUUAGUACUCGACCUUUACUACUCGUCUCACUAUUGAUAUUUACAAGCACUGCUGCUAAUCUACAAAACAAAAAAAAAAAAAAGAAAAAAAAAACUGAAAACCAUGUCAACGUUAAUGUGUCUGCUAUAAAUGUCUCUGUGUAUAUAAAUCUAGCACAGGGCUGUCCAAGAACAUAAAAAAAAAAGAAAAAAGAAAAAAUUAAUCCAAAAGUGAAUGGCCUCGGAUGGAAUUUAAUUAUUCUGGGACAGGCCUGAUCUAGCAGACUCCCUCCCUCCCCCCUCACAACGGUCAAUGGACCGUAAAAGUGUGAAAAUCCAAUAAAAAAAAAAAAAAAAAAAAAAAUUUUUGAGUGAUAUAAAAAUCAUCAAUUGGAUUCAAUCAUGAAUCUUAUGUUCCGUAAGAAUUUCGCGGGCGAAAGGGGUCCUGGCUCUGGCGAGAGGACAGGUGGGUCUGGAUGUGGGCCAGGAUUAGGCGGUGGAGGGGAUAGCGUUGGGUCCGGUGGUGGUAGAGGUUUGGGACGUACAGGCGCUGUUGGUGCUAAUCGUGGUCCAAUUCUUCGUAGUCGUGAAUUUGGCUAUUCCAUGGAUAAUGAUCAUUCGAGUUACACAUAUCGCACUCAUUUAUUCCUAUCGCCUCCUGCAGGUGGUGCAAUUGAUGAACACACUGAGAGAUUCGGCCCAGGACCAAGGCGCAAUUCAGGUCCACAUGUUGUUAAAUGGGGCGGUGGCGCCGGUGCCAAUCCAAAUAAACGGAAACCAAGUGUUAAUCAAAAGGAUGUCAACGAAUGCACAAUGCCAACUGCCUCAAGACAGGUGUCAUUUACUGGUAAUAGAACAAUGGGAACAUAUACACCGUUAGUGGUUUCGGGAAAUAGUCCACCACGAGGUGAACCAAUUUCUUUAGCAACAUUGGAAAAAGAUUGCUUCAUCAUUCCCCUUGCUGCCCUAGAAAGAUUUCUGCCUGCAGGAGUGCCGCAUGCGCCUAUCACCGAUAAAAAAAGGCCUGGAAGUCCACUAUCAAUUUUAGAAGUUGAGGAUCCAAAACAAUGUGUUUUGGCACAUUUUAUGACACCUCUGGAACCAUUGGAUCCAAUUGUCGAGUCACCGGUAGCCAAGCCAUUGGUAUUGCAACGUGACACUGCCGCAGAAUUAGUCGCCGAAAUUGCCCCAUCAGCCUCACAAAGUAUUCUACUCACAAACAUGGAGAGAAAUGCGGACUUUCCAUUUAUCAGUUACUAUCUAAUAAAUAAGCAGACAACUGAUAUUUUGGAAUUUUAUCAAGAAGUUCAAUGUGCAGCGUUAAGAAAAUUUGAUCCUAGAGAUUUGCGAUAUGCAGCUAAUCAUAAUUUGGAUUUAUUUAAUGAAGUUGCAACAAUUGCUAGACCACCAUUAGAACCACCAGGUGGAAGACCACCAAUACCGUCCACUGGUUAUAUUGUUUCAAUAUUCAAAGUAUUCGAAGGUGACGAUGGAGUUAAAUUUGAACAAAAUUGGCUCUACUGGACAGGAGCUCGAAUGAUGUAUCGAUAUCUGCCAAAAUCAGUCGGUCUAAGACGCAUCACACUUCACAAAUCAAUGUCUCAGGGUGACAAAAUGUAUUUAUUAAUCUGCGAAUGUUCACAAUUACAAGAUAAUCUCUCAGCAGCUGCAAUUUUAUUGCCAGCACUUAGAGCUCGUUUAUGUGGUUACAUUGGCCUUUAUAGACCUUCAGUCUGUUUUUAAAAAAAUAAUUCUCUUCGAAAAAAUUUUAAUUCUCAUCAGUUUUAUACUCGAGAAGAAAUGCCUAAAAAUCCUUGCUUUAUCGAUUGCAACAAUGUCAAAAAAACCAAUUACUAUCGCAUUAAGAUUUACUAUUAAAAAAAAUAGGCGACAAAUUUUUACACACUUAUAAUAUACGUAAUAUUAAUUGCAAACAUAUCAUACAUUCGAAAAAACUGUGAUAUUCGAUGAUACAUAUAUAUAUAUCACAAGUACUUCAAUAUUUAAUAUAUAUAUAUUAAAUCUUUCAAUGAAUAAUAUAGAUUUUAAAACAAAAGAAAAAUUUUCAUUCUUUGAAAAUUUUUAUAUAGAAAAACUUUAUUCUCUGUUACUGUUCACUUUGUUAUUAGUUUAUAUAGAAAAUUUUAGAAAUUUAGUGAAUUUUUCUUGUUAAAAAAAAAAGCUCACGAGUUUGUAACAAAAAUUUCGAUAGGCAAAAAAAAAUUGCUUUCAGAUUAUUGAAUUUUAAAAAUUAAGGUCGUACAUCCGGGAAAUUCGUAGAAAUAUCAAGGAAAAAUUUUUUAUUUACACGAAAUUUAAAAGAAAUUUGUUUUUUCCAAAAUUCUUAUUUCGCCAAAAUAUAUUUAAUUCAAAUAAAAAAGAAAAAAAUAAUCAUUGCACUGAAAAAAUAAAACUGAAUUUAACAAAAAAAAUUUAAGUUUUAAAUUAAAUAAAUAAACAAUAAUAAUAAUAAUCGAUUAAAAAUCAAAUUUUAAUUAAUUUAAAUAAAAUAUUAAAUUAAUUUAAAAUUUUUUCACAUUUUGAAAAAGAAAAUCCCAGCUGCACAGCCUUAAUAAUAAAAAGAAAAAUAUAUCUAUAAUUUCUAUUAAGUCUAAUCAAUUUCUAAAAAAGAGGAAAUAAAAUUGAGAUUACAAAUUUCUAUCAUGUAGUGAAAUCUAUCUUGAAACAAUUUUGUCAAUCCAGUCAAGAUUUUAUUCGAAAAAUAUUCUAGGAUUUUAGAAAAUAAAAAAUUUCCAUAGUGACAAAAAGUUAGCGAAUUAUUAUUAUUAUAAGGUGUUUUUGCAGAAGAAGAAAAAGAAAUAUCUAUUUAGAGAAAAAGAAGAAAAGUGAAGUUAUAGUGUGACUUGGCAUUUUAGUACAAAAAAAGAGAAAA